AUGUCCCUCACCCAGUUACUGAUGAGGCCCGUCGCUAUCCUUGUAGUUUUGCUGCUGGUAGUAGCCGUGGCCUGCGGUGCGUCGGAGGAGGCAACGACCGCGCCUGAUCCCACCGCUGCUCCGGCACCCACAACUGCGCCAGAGCCUACUGAUCCCCCCGCUGAACCUACCGAGGCCGCUGCUGCUUCGGAUACGGCCGCGCCAGAGGUGAUUGUGGUCAAACUGAUCCGGGAGCAGCCGGCAGGGCGGCAGGAAGGCGAAGCCAAGGUGGAUAGGCUCAUAAUGGGGCUUAUUUCGCCUACCCGCGACUACUUCCGCACCUGGAUCCGCGGCAGCGCCGACCAGCUGAUCAAGCAGGACCCCAUGCAGGAAUGGCUCUUUGAGAUCAGCCCGGUUACGAAUACCAUGAGCGGCUGGCUGGCCACCGAGGCCACCUUGGCCGAGGACUCCAUGUCCUGGAGCAUACAGCUGGCUGAGGGUGUGCCGUGGAACAACAAGAACGGCGACGACUUCGGAAUCUUCACGGCUGCGGACGUGGAGCAUAGCCACGACAUCUGGUGCAACCCAACCUAUGAGGGCCGGGAAGACGACCCCAGUUCCGGUUACAAGGUAGGCAUGUGCCAGGUCGAGGACGUCGAGGUCAUCAGCGCCCACGAAAUCAUAAUGCGAUGCAACGUUCCCUGUCCCGACCUCCCCUUCUACUAUGCUGAAGCCACCGAUAUGGUGAUGUACAGCAAGCAGCAGUGGGACCAGCAGGGUGAGCGGGCCUACGAGACCCAGAUCGCCGGCACAGGCCCAUACGUUUUCGAGGAACACAAGCUGGGCGAAUCAGUUUUGUACAAGAAGGCCCCGGGAGAACACUGGGUUCACCCUGUGGACUGGAACGAGCUGAUCAUGACUUGGACCCUGGAAGAGGCUACCAGGCUGGCCCAGUUCGAGACCGGUGAGACCCACUUGACCGAGGUCAACAAAGAUCUCACCGACCAGCUCGUCAACAAGGGCUACGGCCUCGUGAAGAGCACCGGCCCAGCUCAGCAGGUGCAGAUUAACUUCACCGGUCUGUACUUCGGGACCGAAGACGUGUCCCGGGACAAGUACGUUGGCACCACCGGCAAGCUGGACCCGGAACUGCCUUUUACCGACGCCCGCGUCCGCCAGGCCAUCAACCAAGCCAUCGACCGCGAUACCCUGCGGCUGGAGCUGUACAAGGGCCGGGUAACCCCGUCCUAUGUUCAUGGUUUCUACGAGGGGCUGCCCGGUUGGGAUCCCACCUGGGCUGAGCGCUUCGAUGACCUAUACGGCUACGAUGUGGAUGCAGCCAAGGCUCUGAUGGCCGAGGCGGGUUAUUCGGACGGCUUCUCGGCCAAUGCUUGGCUGUUCCCGUUCCCCGGCGCCCCCGAGUUGAUACCUGUUAUGGAGCAGGUGCAGAUUUACCUACAGGAAAUUGGCAUAGACCUGACCCUGCAAGAGACGGACUGGGCCGGGACGGUCAUCCCCGCGCUCGGCAGCCGCGACUAUCUCGGCUACCUGUGGGCGAUUCCGCCUUCCAAGAAGGUGGUGGAGACACAGAUCGCUGGAUUCAACGCAGGCUACAACGUCAGUCACCAGUAUGAGACCGACGAGCUUUUCAACCUGUGGGACGAGUUGCGCAACACCGCAGACCUUGAUGGCCGCGACGCGCUGCUCCGCCAGAUUGGCAACAUAAAAUUCGAGCAGUUUGAGAACAUCCCUCUGUUUGAGGUGUUCAUCGAGGUCAUCUUCGAUCCCAACUACGUCCAAACCUGGAUCUUCCCCGGUUGGGACGGCGGCGAUGUUGGCCACACCUGGUUGGUCUACGCCUGCAAGACCGUGGACCCCUGCAACUAG